UCACGAGAAGCAAAUAACAAUCCAGCCAGCCCUCGGCAGCGUCAACCACACCAGUUGGACCUAGGGACGCUUUCUCCGACGAAUGCCCUUGCUAAGCUCUUUUAUCAUUUCAGACGUCCUCUUCAAUUUCCCUCACAAUUGAACAUCUGCUACAGGCUCAACCGCAUUCGAUAACAAACUUGCAAUUGUCUCAUACUCUUUAUCGUCCUCUACCAUCAUGUCCUAUCUUGCACGUACAUUCACCCCAUUGCGGGCAACCUCAAGAGUCAUUCCUUCGCGCUCAGUUGCCGCAUUCCACACCUCGAUCGCACGUCGGGGCUUGAACGAGGAUAACAUCCACCGCGAAGACCGAGACAAGCACAUUGAUCACCACCAGAAAGACAGCCUAGAAAAGGCAAAGACUGGUCAGGGAGAGUGGAAGCCGGAGCUCGGAAGCAACAGCGAGAACGCUGUCCGAGGCGACAAGCAUGACAUGACGAUCGAGGAAAUGCAAAAGUUGGGAGAAACCAGAUCGGAAGAGGACAAAAAUCCCGGUGGUAGUGACAGCUCCAAGGGCGCGCACGACGUAUAAUCGAGCAGAGAUCGAGGAUCAAUCAAGAGGCCAUCCCGUCGCUCUGCAAGGCAACAGCCUCACUCGUGAGAUGGAAAUUUCCUUCCAGACACCUCUGUCAGGGACUUAGAUUGCUCGAUUCCACGUCAUUGUGAUACAUAUCCCAUUCCAAUGUCUUUUG